AUGCAGCAACAAAAUCUUCUUCUUCGAGCACCUGUCACGAUUGAGGAAGACCUCCACCAGAGUCAGACCGCCGGAGAAGCCAUGUCAGCAAGCCCCGACCUAGCAGCAACAAUGGAUCUUCUCCACGACAUGAAACACCUGGCCGAAACAACCCUCGACCACACAACCAAAGACACCCUCAAAGAACUCGCCAACGCCUUGGACCAACUCAGCGAAACCAACGCCAAGCUCCAAAACUACAUCGACCAAAUAGCCCGGGAUCGCGCGUGGGUCAGCCGCAAGCGCAACGACAUCAACGAGGACACGAUCAACAUGACCGCCGGCACGGCCGUCAUCAGGAAUGACGAUCGACAAAGGAAGGCCAAGGAGUGCAUUGAAGAUGGACGGAAGAUGGUUGAGACGGUGAACAACCAGAUCGAGGCUAGGAUGAAGCAAAGGGAGGAGGACAUCGAGGAGCUUAAGAAGGAGCAGGACUUGUGUCGGGAGGAGUUUCAGGCGUUGCAUCUGUUGCUGAAGAAGGAGAAGGAGACUUUGAGGGGUGAGCUGAAGGCUUCGGAGAUGUUGCAAGGGGAUAUGAGGAAGGGCAAGGUUUAG